AAUUAAACCGGUUCCACGUAAUACCAACACCAUCCCCCUCCUUAAAUGCGCUACACCAGCACGGUUCCCAGCUAGAACCGACACUCUCCAAUCUCUGUCCAGUAAAAACACGCGCUGCCCGUUACCGCUCUCAGACCUCAGCCUGCUCGUUGUCUCGCGGGGCGUGUGUGAAGGCACGAUAACAUGGUUUUCGGGGUUUGUCCGCAGUAGCAGCUACCGCGCAGUAGGCUUGACAGUGUGAAGAGCAGCCAGUCAGAAGCUUGCUAUUCGCAACCGGGGAACGAAGACGAAAUCCAGACAACAUCUCUUCAUCUCUAAACGUCUCCUUCUUCGUCCGCAUCGCUCAUAUACCAAGAGCAAGGAACUCUGUUGAAUCGGAUCUGAGAAGCAGCCUGGCUGGUGUAGUCCCUGCUGUAGUCGCUGCUGUUGUCGAGGAGACCAGGUGUCGAGUCGCCGCGUUGCCAUGGGGAAACAGAACAGCAAGCUGCGGCCAGAGAUGCUGCAGGACCUCCGGGAGAACACCGAGUUCUCUGAUCAUGAGCUCCAGGAGUGGUACAAGGGCUUCCUGAAGGACUGUCCCAGUGGCAACCUCAACGUGGAGGAGUUCAAGAAGAUCUACGCCAACUUCUUCCCCUACGGCGACGCCUCCAAGUUUGCCGAGCACGUCUUCCGCACGUUCGACACCAACAACGACGGCACCAUCGACUUCCGGGAGUUCAUCAUCGCUUUGAGCGUGACGUCGCGGGGCAAGCUGGAGCAGAAGCUCAAGUGGGCCUUCAGCAUGUACGACCUGGAUGGCAACGGUUACAUCAGCCGUGACGAGAUGCUGGAGAUUGUACAGGCUAUCUACAAGAUGGUGUCAUCGGUGAUGAAGAUGCCAGAGGACGAGUCGACGCCAGAGAAGAGGACAGACAAGAUCUUCAGGCAGAUGGACUUGAACAACGAUGGCAAACUGUCUCUGGAGGAGUUCAUCAAAGGUGCCAAAAGUGACCCCUCCAUUGUGCGGCUACUCCAGUGUGACCCUAGCUCCGCCUCCCAGUUCUGAGCCCACAGCCCCCCUCCCACUCCCCCGUUGCUACGGAAACAGUCUCUCAAAAUCAACGCAUGAUGGUUCUCGUCUCUCAUGUCUUUUUUUGUGUACAAGAUGGAGGAGAUGGAGAAUUCUAAGAGAAAAGAGGAAGAAAAAAAAAAAGAAAAGUGGCAUCAUUUUAAUUUAAGAAAAAACACAAUGGAAGGGACAUGUAUACAUUAUUAAACAAAGAUCAACUGAGAAGCAAAACACAACAACGGUUGCCAUAGCGUUCUGCUCCACCUUCCCGCGUGUCUCUCUCACGCAAGUCCGACGCAAGUCCGACGGUCGGCCAUUUUUGACGGGAAUCGCCCGGAUUGUUAAUGAGAGAAGGAACCGUACCGUGUCGAGAACCAUGCAUGGCCCUAUGUGUUCUCAUCUGUUUCUCCUGGACACGGCUCGCCUCUUCCACUUUUAUAUCCAUGGUUAUGUGUAUAUAUAAUGCAUAUAUAUGUAUAUGACACCAUCAGAUGAAUAGGCAAGUGUAUUUGUCUUUAUAUAACGUAAACUCUUGCAUUGGAAGGCAGUAUUAUGUAGCGUGUUAUAGUUCUCCGUAGCUGUUAACCGAGGAGUAACAUCCGACUACAGGGAGAGAUUAAGUUGGGAUUUUCCUGCUAUAUGAUCUUUCUUACCAAGGAGAAGAAGGCUUAUGAAGAUCCAAGUGGGAUUUUAAUCGAUGUUUGAUAUUUUAUCUUUUUUUGUUGUUUUUUUUUAAUUUUUUGUACAUAGCUGUUUUUUCAUCAUGUCGUUUUUAUUUAUUUUCUUUUUCGUUCAUGUGGUUUUGAUUUCGAUACACUGAUAUCAUUGAAGAUGACCAUUUCCCAAGUGGGUUUUAAGGAGUGUGUGUAUGUGUGUGUGUAAAUGAGAGAGUUUGAGAUACUUAUUCUUUGAAGAUUCCAUAAUUAUCUGCUUGUCUUAGAUGGGAUUUCUAAGAUUCCACAUGUGCAGGGAUUGAAAUCUAGGAGAAAAAAAAAAAAUGUUCAUCGAUGAUUCCAUUAUGUAGUUGGACAUAUCAUUUGAGCCGCCUUGAGUGUGUUUAGUUGUGCGCGUGUGUGUGAACGAAAUGAGGGUGCGCUUUUUGUGCACUGUAGGCUUGAGUCCUGGCUAACUUUUCAGUAUUAUCAUUUUGUUUUUUCAUAUCGUUUCUGUAUUUUGAAUUAUUUUCUUUUAACAUUUCAGAGCAGAACUUUUGUCACAGGUAGUCAGAUUACACUGCAUGGCAGACAACUGAACAAACACACACACACAAACCUCUGUAUUGCUUUGUACCUCCAAUAUCUUCAACACUCACCUGUACCAAAGGAGACUGGGCACAAAAGACAAUGGCGGAUGUUGUCUCAGUGUGUGCGUGUGUGUGUGUGUGUGUGUGUGUGUGUGUGCACGUGCACGUGUCUCUCACACACACUUUGGGACAGAGCCCCCACCCUCUUUCAGUAGACAAGGGAACACACUAAGGGCUUGUUCAUCACUCUAUCCGAAUGCUUUUCUAUCUUUUUCGGUUGUAGUUUAUAAGCAGAAAUGCAUUUUUCGGCAGAAUCUGCUUCUAGGUGCUGAUUGUGGGUUGGUUCGGUUCUUUCCUCCAGUGGUUUUAAAUCUGACAGAUUCGUAUGUUAGUCCAACCACAGGUCCACAUCAGUUUAACCUCUCCUCACUAUGUCCUUUAACCACUAGGGGAGGGAACCAUGGUCUGAUCUGAGAUCUGUACCAAAUAAGCAACUUCUACCGGUAGUGUUCUGCAGCUGUACCGCACUAGUGCUUUCUCUGCCCUCUAGUGGCUGGGUGAAGCAUCUGCUACCCACCGCUCACCAAACCUGUUCUUUGCCUGCCUCAGUUACGGUACCUUGUGUUUGGUAUAAAAGAAAUUGACCCGUUUUUUUUGUUUUUUCUUCCUUUUUUCUGUUGCAUGAAAACCUCGUGCGAGGAUGUCAUGUGUGUUCCGUUGGAUCCGAAUUUGGUGACAAAUAUACCUUCUGUGUUUCAAAA